CCCCUCGCCGGGCCGCAGCCUGGAGAAGACGCUGGAGGAGGCGGGCAGCUCCGGCCUGCUCUGCCUCAGCGGGAGGAAGCUGCGCGAGUUCUCGGCCGCCGCCGCCUACGACCUCAGCGACACCACGCAGGCCGAUCUUUCCAGGAACAGAUUUACUGAAAUCCCUCCAGAUGUGUGGCAGUUUGCACCGCUCGAGACAUUGAACUUGUAUCACAAUUGCAUCAAAUCUAUCCCGGAAGCCAUUAAAAACCUACAGAUGUUAACAUAUCUCAAUAUCAGCCGAAAUCUCCUAUCUACAUUGCCAAAAUACCUAUUUGAUCUGCCACUGAAAGUUUUGGUUGUCAGCAAUAAUAAGCUUGUGUCUGUUCCUGAAGAAAUUGGAAAGUUGAAAGACUUAAUGGAAUUGGAUAUCAGCUGCAAUGAGAUCCAGGUCCUUCCCCAACAGAUAGGAAAACUGCACUCCUUAAAAGAACUAAACUUAAGAAGAAAUAAUCUCCAUAUGUUACCCGAUGAAUUAGGAGACCUUCCCUUGGUCAAGCUGGACUUCUCUUGUAAUAAAAUCAUAGAGAUUCCCAUCUGCUUCCGGAAAUUGCGACACUUGCAAGUCAUCGUUCUGGAUAAUAAUCCAAUGCAGAUCCCGCCGGCCCAGAUCUGCUUAAAGGGCAAAGUGCACAUUUUUAAGUUUCUCAGUGUUCAAGCAUGCCUGAGAAUGGAUAAGAAGCCAGAUUCGCUGGAUCUCCCUUCCCUGGGAAGAAGGAUCCCUUCUCAGCCACUCACCGACAGUAUAGAAGACUUUUACCCCAAUAAAAACCAUGGCCCAGACUCUGGAAUUGGUAGCGAUAAUGGGGAUAAAAGAUUAUCCACGACAGAACCAUCCGAUGAUGACACAGUCAGCCUCCACUCUCAGGUGUCGGAAUCGACAAGGGAUCAGACACUCCGAAAUGACAAUCAGUUGCUGGGGAACAAACCUGAGUUGCAUAAAGACCCCGAUGUGUGUGAUUACCUCGAUCCCAGCUCAGAGGAUGUGGCUGCAUGUGAUCAAGGAGAUCCUCAGACUGGGUCGUCCAUCUCUUACGUUAAGGAGCGAGGAAAGUCAGGUGAGAAGCCACAGAAGAGUGAGCCACGUGAAGAUUGGCGAGAGGAGAAGAGCAUUCAGAAAGAAAAGGCGUUGGCCGAAGAUGAUGACCUGAAGGAGGUGACCGACUUGCGAAAAAUUGCAGCUCAGCUUUUGCAGCAGGAGCAGAAGAACAGACUCCUGAAUCACUCCACCCCGACAAGCACAAGAAACCGACCGAAACAGACUGUGGACACAGAAAAAAGCCUUUCUGCAGAUGAAGCCAAUUCUCCGUCUUCCCCCUGCAGCUGGCAGCCUCUGGAGAAUCAGAGAGGCCACAACCUGGACGGUCCACGUUGGCCGGACGCGCAGCCGAUAAUCUGGCCCAACGAAGAGAGGCGUCGAAGCAAGCAGAUCAGGAGGGAGUAUUUCAAGUACAAGUCUUCGCGGAAGAGUUCCAGUGGAAAUGAAAACGAUGAGCAAGACAGUGAUCAUGCUAAUGUGUCUCCACAGUCGCCUGUGUCAUCUGAGGAUUAUGAACGGACAGAUGGGAAUUCUCACGGCCCUUUUGGACUGAAGCCCCGAUCAGCGUUUGGGCGUUCUCGUCAAGACUACAGCACGGCGGACCCCGGAUUCACCAUGAGGAGGAAAAUGGAGCAUCUGCGGGAAGAAAGGGAACAGAUUAAGCAACUGCGCAAUAAUCUGGAGUUGCGGUUGAAGGUCAGCCUGCCCGAGGACAUCGGAGCCGCCCUCAUGGACGGGGUGGUCCUCUGCCACCUGGCCAACCACAUUAGACCACGCUCUGUGGCCAGCAUUCACGUCCCGUCACCAGCCGUGCCUAAGCUCAGUAUGGCAAAAUGCCGAAGAAAUGUUGAAAAUUUCCUGGAUGCUUGUAAAAAACUGGGUGUGCCACAGGAAAGACUUUGCUUGCCCCAUCACAUUUUGGAAGAGAGAGGGCUGGUCAAGGUUGGACUGACGGUUCAGGCUCUCCUUGAGAUCCCUUCCUCCAAAGCUUCGCAGCUCUCCUGCCUGUGACGGGGCUCCUGCCGGAGGAACUGGCCGCCAUGCCCUGGGUUGGGCCACCCACCCCGAGCCUUUCCGCUCCGUCCGGAGGAAUCCGCCGAGCCAUUCGCCCUCAGGGCUGUCCAGGGGUCCUGGGCCGGGGGCUUGAAACCGGGAUGCCAGCUGACGGUUCCCUGGGAGUGUAAAAAAAAUUCCUAUUUUCUUUUUUUACCGAGAGCCAUAAGAGAUUUGAGGCCGUUGGAGCCUCUUUCCAGUAGGGCCGGUGUUGCCCCCCAGCCCCUUGUCCCGUCUCCCGUCCUGACGGGCUUUCUUAAGAAGCCUUUGGCUGCAUCCGGGCUCCUCUGGGGGCCCACGGCUCCCAUGGAACAAGGGAGCUGAAGCGCAGAGCUGUGAGAAAAGCUUUUGGCGGGGAAUCGCAACCGGUUGCCGCCCAUUUGGUGGCAUUAGGGGCUUUCGUGGACUUUACGGAGGAAGGCGGCUCUUCAAAUGGCAUUUACAUGAAAAGUUUCGACCUGUGUCGUUUUCAUGUACAUUUGCAAAAUAAAAAAAUCACCAUAGCGUAGUAGAAAACCCAGACGAGCAUCACAGGAACCAGUUUUGAGAAGAUUUGCAUCCUUCAUUUCUUGCACUUCUUACCGAUGUAUCAUUUCCGAUAUUUUAGUUGGGUGUAUGCUGGCAAUGACAGAGUAGUACACAAUAUAAAGGAGAAAUUGUGUGGUUGUUUUUUCCCCCAGUAUUCUAGAUUGGUGCCAAAAUAUUUUUCAGUUGUACUGUAGAUUGUUUACCUGUGAAGUGCCUGUGUAAUAACUUUUCCUAGUCUUAAAACAUUUUUGCAGUUUCUUUACGUCUCAAUAGAUGAAAUGCGUAUUUUUAAAUAUUAGGUUUUUGUAAGAUUGGUAAUACGUGAAGUUUAAAGGACUAACAUCUGAAUGUUGGAUGUUCUUCAGUUUGCACACUUUGAAUUUAUUAAGUUUGGUUUUUAGAAAAAAAUGUAAAUAUGCUUUUAUUUAUCAUAUUUAAUUUGGUAUGUAAUCAUUUUUAAAGUAUUUGUUGGUUGGUGGAUGUUUGAAAAAUUAUUUUCCUCGUCUGGGAUAAAUAAUGACAUGUAGGGAUUUUAAUUGAGAAUCCUACAGGAGAGUGUUAGUUAAAAACUUUUCAGUAAAACUGCCAAAAAAGUUUUUUUUAAAGAAAAAAUAAUAAUCUCAGGUUUAUAUUAUGAUAGCCAGGAUUUCAUAGCUCGCUCCCAACAUCAUACAAUCUUUUGUGCUGUGCUUGAAUGAGGAAUAACGUAAAGUAGAGGAGAGAUUGGUAGCCCUGAUCAAAUCUCUCCCUCCCCCUCUGGUUUAAGGGAUUGAGCAAUUCCUCCUGUGUGUUGUGGGUCACAACAUCCUGACUGCCAACCCACUCCAGUGUUGCUGCCAAGGGUAUGUGUGUGUGGAAAGGAAAUACAGCUGGGGGAAUGGGAAGGAGGAAUGAUGUGUCUGUGUGUGCAUGUGCAUGACAAUUCCAGAGAUAUCAUCUCUGAUGUUCUUUUCCAUUGCCACCUUUUAAGAGAGCAGCCAGUAUUACAAGCUGCACACACACACACACACACACACACACGCAUAGGCACACACGCACACUCCCAUGUUCUUUCAGUGUUGCUGUUCAUUUUGGGAGCUGUUUUAGGCCUUGCCUGCUAGAGCCAUUGGGGGCUUGAGAGAUGGUCCCCGACCCCCAAGGUCCCUUUCAGAGUCCCCCCUCCCUUCCCUGCAGAGGACCUCCCUGCCCCGGGGCCCACGAGAGGGAAGCAUUGAGGGGGGGGGUCUGCCCCACGGCAUUGGGAGAUGUCUGGGAAAAAGCUUUGCAUUGCUCUGUUUUGAGAAUUGGCAUUUCCACUGUUCCCUUCGUAGUUAUUAAGGUUCAGCUUUUGCUUGUAGACUGAUUUGGUUGGACUAAAUUAUUUUUUCUUGCUGAAAAUAUUAAGAAAUGAAUUUCUUUGCACUUUUUUUGCAGCCCAAAGAAUUCCACGCUUGACGAAGCAUGUUGCAGGGUUGCGAUGACAGUUGUAGAGGUACACAGUGAUCUCUCCCACCCACCCAUGUGCAAAAUGAGGCUCAGCACCACGUUCCCCAUUGCUGCAGGGGUGGUGGGGAAUGUAUUGACUAUAAGGAAGCUUUUAAAGAGGUUUUUCAAUUGGAUUCUUAUUUAUUUCCAUUUCAGGCAAAAAGCUCAGAUGAAUUCUGCCUUUGGGUAGCUUUGGGAUAGAGAUCUAUUUGCCAGGGCAAUUUGUGUCCUUUUCCCAAGGAGCACAAACCUUACCAGUCUAACUCAAUAUAAAAAAGGGGGAAGAGAUAAAAUAGGUCCGUGCAGAGGGGCUCAGCCCAAUGUGAAGAGACAAGGUGAGUGGGUGUGCUUCAUAGGCACGACACCUGCACACAGAUGGAUUCUGGAGAGGCAGAAAACCCUGGCUUACGGGGGCAAUUACUCUGGCCCAUGCCUGCUACACAAGAAUUAAAUCCAUUUUUUUUUCUGGGUGGCUCCAGUGCCAAUUAUUUCUGGCCUUGCGUUCCUCGAGACGAUGACAGCCCUGUUGAAACUUGGGCUCCCUUGUGGGAGACAGGGAGAAGAGAACAGGUGGCCUCUUUGUGUUUUGGAAAAGGCAACUGCCUGUUUCUGGGCUCUGCAGUUCUUUGUCUUCAGCCUAGAAAUUCUUCUCCUGUAGUUGGUCCUUGCAGGAGAGCAAAGCCUCAUCAACACUCAGCUCAGGCAAGGCUGUUUGCUGUCUUCUACCUAAAAAGGAGGCAGAGGGCUUUGGGUAAAAGGGGACUUCUUCUAAAUUUCUCUACCUUCAGAGCUUCCUCCUCUGGAGAUGUGAUUCUUCAGAGACCUGUGGAAAGCGUGGUUGGGAGGUCCAUAAAAACUUCUCUUCUGCUUCUAAGGU